AUGACCGGUCCCGCUUCAGCACCGCGGUAUAGUGCUGAGGAUUUUGAAACGUCCUCGAUUCGAUCUGCUGCUCCUUCAUACGUGUCCGACGUACCGUCCUACCACACCCUUCCCUAUAACCAGAACGAGGUGAUUCCGCCGUACAGUCCCCCGCCUCCGAGGACUGCCACUCUGGUGUCGAGCGCUUCUCCUCCAUUGUUCGCCCCUGGCCGCCAGAGAUCGUCCACAGCCCUGCAUCACUCUGUCGGGCUCCCUCCGUUGCCUCCGGUCGCUUCUCCGAACACCAUGUCCAUACACAACUUCCACCUGCCGACGUGGUCUGCCAAUAACGGCCCUGCGGCUCGCCACUACCGCAACGUUGCUGAGAGGCGCAUCACAUCCGGCAGAUACGCUGCAUCUCCAGAGCCCAUGGCGCGUCCGAACGCUACUGAGAGGGCAUCCGAGCAACCGGAUGAUGACACGGAGAUGCGACCCUUGGAAGAUCCCUUCCUUGUCGGUGAAGUGGCCGCCGCUCAAGCCCGUCAAGAGAGGCUGCUUCGCGAAGGGGACGACAUCUUGGUCCGAGAAGACAGGCAAUGGGACUGGUUAUUAGCCCAGAUGCGUAGCUGGGACGAGCGUGAGAGGAGCUGGACUCGUUUUCGUCGCGAGGCUGAGCACCAUCAGCGUAAGAAGCUGCUUCGACGCAUCGGCGGUCGGCUGCUGCCAACAUGA